UUGUAUCCGUAAAGACUUGGAGAAAAGGUGAUUCCUCAAACUUGCUCAUGCCUGGCAGUCUUCUCUUGGAGAAAGUUCCCUCCCUUUUCACUUUAGUCCAAUGCUUCUUUGGUCUUUCCAUUUUGAAUGGGUAUAAAGGAAUACAGAGAAAAAAAAUCAUGAAACAUUCAUUUUAAAAAGAAAUACGUAGUGCUUAGCAAAGAGAUAUUCAUAACAUGCAUUCGUCUUGGCAAGUUGUCAAAAACUGGCAAAUAUUUGGCAAUAGUUGGCAAAUAUUGCCACUGGUGAUGCCAAGAUGGAAGGUGAAAUUGAUUUCUUGACCUUGGCCUUGUUUUUCUUAGUAGGUCUCCAUCAUGGGUGACCAGGGAGCAAAGAACCACUCUGAGGCAACUGACUUCAUUUUGGUAGGCUUCAGAGUCCUCCCAGAACUUCAUAUCUUUCUCUUCCUGCCUUUCCUAUUUAUCUAUAUCAUGGUCCUCUUGGGGAAUGUUGGCAUCCUGGUCAUUAUCCUGAUUGAUCCCCGACUGAACACACCAAUGUAUUUCUUCCUAGGCAACCUCUCCUUCAUUGAUCUCUCCUACUCCUCUGCUGUGGCACCGAAGGCCAUGGCUAAUUUCUUAUCAUCAAGUAAGUCCAUUUCCUUUGUGGGCUGUGUGGUUCAGUUUUUCUUCUUUGUCUUAUUCAUGGUAGCAGAGAGUUUUGUUCUGGCAGCCAUGGCCUAUGACCGCUUUGUAGCCAUUUGCUCCCCACUGCAGUAUUCUGUCCGCAUGUCAAGACGACUUUGUACCCAGCUUGUGGUUGGUUCUUACUUUUGUGGCUGGGUCACCUCCAUUCUCCUCGUCAGUAACACCUUUACUUUGCCCUUCUGUACCUAUAGAGUUGUUGACCACUUUUACUGUGACCCCCAGUCAAUUGAAAAGAUCUCAUGUUCCAACAUUGUUAUCAAUCAAAUGGUGACAUUAACCCUGGCAGGAAUCAUUAUUUUGCCCACCCUGAUAGUCAUCAUGGUAUCUUAUGUUUACAUUGUGUCCACCAUCUUGAAGAUCCGAUCUGAUGAGGGUCGAAUGAAAGCCUUCUCAACUUGUGGGUCCCACCUUGUGGUGGUGAGUUUGCUCUAUGGAACUGCCUUCUUUCAUUCUUUCAUUCCCUCCAACAACGCUGAACUGCGUAAAGUAGCUUCUGUGUGUUAUAUCCUCAUUACGCCCAUGUUGAACCCACUCAUAUACUCUUUAAGAAACAAAGAUGUUAAAGAGGCUUUGAAAAGAAUUUUAGGGAAGGCAAAAGCAUGGCUCUAA